ACACCUAUCCAUCACAACAACUCUGUUUCCGUCCAUAGACCCAUCAGCGUUGCACAGUUCAGUUGAGCUUUAAGAAGAGUUUGAGUGCCAUGGCACGGUUCAGAAUUAGCACCUCGUCACUCUCCCCGUGCAGCGUGGUGCUGGCUACGAUCACGAUAUGGCUGAGCCUCUCGAUGGUGGCCAAUGCCGCUGAGAAUCGUAGUUCCAUACUGAACGCGUUGACUGACAGUUAUGCGGACCACGAGGUGUUCGUACAAUGCACUUGUGUUUACGACACAUAUCGCCGCACUUUUACUCCUAAAUUUCUUCUGAAGCCCGGGGCUAAUACUUCGGUGGAAGUGGAUCGCUGCCCAGGAGUCAAACAGGUUGAAUGCGAUGUCACCAGGUACUCCAGGCCUCCUUUGGCUCAGGAGAAGUACUACAUGAAAGUGCUCGUUUGGUACUUCAAGGGUCCAUCGCAGACCAAAUUCAAGUUCGACAACGGCGUGUUGUAUUUCGCCGUGGCUCCCGACUUCAGUUGGAUCAAUUCUGGACUCGUCUGGAGUAUGGAUGUGGAAUAUUACUUCACUCCAAAGUUCCUAACUUCGGCGAGUGAAAACGCUUUACGGGUGGAAGCCUAGUCUUCCUUUCGAAUGGACUGAGGAAUGGAGCUAUUGCAUUUUACAUCUUUGCGGGGAUAAUCUUCUUAAUAUUGGCCGGGCGAUAGUAAUACUGCUUCGACAAGUAUUUCAGAUGCUCUUCGCCCUGUGAAAUUAUAAACGUUAGAGAUAUCUCGCAUAGACUGUGUAUGAGCUAGUCUUGGAACCUUCUUAGAGCCCUGGAAUUCAUCUGUGGUGAAGUAACAAGACUUGAUGGACGAGCACCAUAAUGGUUCUUUCCUUUCAUUACAGAG